UCACUUCACUGGCUGGGAGUGGAGUCAUGGCAGAGGAAAAGAAGCAGACAGGAGCCUCCAGAGAGGACCUGCCACUACCGGAGCUCCCUACAGAAGACAGAGCUGUGCUGAAUGGAGAGGCAGAGCAGGAUCCAUCUGUUGCUGCCACAGAGGAAAGCACCAUGGAUCAGUCAGCAAAAUGUGGCCCAAACCUGCUGGAGAUGCUGAAGGCAGCAGAGAACAGGUGGACACCUCAGGGUCGGGACGGGGACAGGACAGAGGCCUCUGAGUCCGAGGCAGGAGAGCUAGUGGCUGAAGCUCAGAAGACUGACAUGCAAAUACAGUUCACUGACCAGAAGCAAGAAUUCAACAAACGUCCCACCAAGACCGGCCAUCGCUCUCUGUCUCGUUCCAUCUCACAUUCAUCUACAGAGAGCUACAGUUCAGUGUGCAGUGACAGCUCCGAGGAUGAGUGUUCGCCCAGAGAAAAGCAUCAGAAGUCCUCCCAGGGUCUCUCUGACUUCUGCAUCAAAAACAUCAAACAGGCCAGCUUUGGACGCAAAGAAAUAGAAAUCGCAGAGCAAGAAAUGCCAGCUCUGAUGCUCCUGAGGAAAAGAGCAGGUGGGGAGAAACCUCUGGCUGGAGCCAAGGUGUUGGGCUGCACACACAUCACAGCACAGACUGCGGUGUUGAUUGAGACUCUGUCCGUGUUGGGGGCUCAGUGUCGCUGGGCGGCCUGUAACAUCUUCUCCACUCAGAACGCUGUGGCCGCCGCUCUGGCUGAACGAGGCACCUCAGUGUUUGCAUGGAGAGGAGAAUCGGAGGACGACUUUUGGUGGUGCAUUGACCAAUGUGUUGGUGCUGAGACCUGGCAGCCCAAUAUGAUUCUGGAUGACGGAGGCGACCUGACUCACUGGAUCUAUAAGAAGCACCCGAACCUGUUCAAGAAGCUCAAAGGCAUCGUGGAGGAAAGCGUCACAGGCAUCUAUCGGUUAUACCAGCUGUCAAAGGCAGGCAGGCUGUGCGUCCCUGCCAUGAACGUUAAUGACUCAGUAACCAAACAGAAAUUUGACAACCUUUACUGCUGCAAGGAGUCCAUACUGGAUGGGCUGAAGCGAACCACUGAUGUCAUGUUUGGGGGAAAACAGGUGGUGGUGUGUGGAUAUGGUGAGGUUGGCAAAGGUUGCUGUGCUGCUGUGAAAGCGCUGGGUGCUGUAGUGUACGUCACAGAAGUGGACCCCAUUUGUGCCCUUCAGGCCUGCAUGGAUGGCUUCAGAGUGGUUAAACUGAGCGAAGUGAUCAGACAGAUAGACGUGAUCAUCACCUGCACAGGCAAUAAAAACGUGGUAGGGAGGAAGCACCUGGAGAGGAUGAAGAACGGCUGCAUUGUGUGCAACAUGGGACACUCCAGCACUGAGAUAGACUUGGUGAGUCUGCGGACCCCAGAGCUGAGGUGGGAACGUGUGAGGCCUCAGGUGGACCAUGUCAUCUGGCCUGAUGGAAAGAGAAUCGUCCUGCUGGCUGAGGGUCGUUUGCUGAAUCUGAGCUGCUCCACGGUGCCUUCACUUGUCCUCUCCAUCACUGCUGCAACCCAGGCACUGGCUCUCAUAGAGCUGUACAGCGCUCCAGAGGGACGAUACAAACAGGACGUCUACCUGCUGCCAAAGAAGAUGGAUGAAUUUGUUGCCAGUCUUCACCUGCCGGCGUUUGACGCUCACCUCACAGAGCUGACUGAUGAGCAGGCCAAGUACCUGGGCAUCAGCAAACAUGGACCCUUCAAACCCAACUACUACAGGUAUUAACCCUGUGGAGAUAAAGAGGGAAGCUCUUCGCAUGUGAAGUUGCAAUGUUGUGGAUUUUAUUUUGAAAAAACCCUCACAGACCAGCAGACCCUGACGCCCUCUGCAGUCUGAACCUCAUCCAGUAUUAUGGAGAGACAGUGAAUGAGGACUUCAAACUUUUACUUAAGUUCACUGAUUGUUCUGUGUAUGUGCAUUUCUGUCUGUUUUAAAUGUUUGGUCCUUGUUCUGCAUGUCCACAGCGUCUGGAACAAUGAAUUUUGAUUGAAAGUUAAAGAGUUCAAAUAAAACACACAUGAAGAAAUCAUGCUGACAUCUCAAACGAGCAACAGUCAGCUGAAUAUCUGCUGAUUUUCAGUGAAGCACGUGUGUACAAUGAAUAUAUUGGCUCAUGUCUUGUGCUAUACGUAUAUUACUUCUACCUAAACUUAUUAUGAACUUCAAAUGAAACCUCCAGCACACAUAAAAUAUUGUAAUAA